AAGGGACUUUCGUCUCAGUCACGUUCAUAGGCUCGUACGUAUAUAAACCGGGUAAAGCAGCCCCAACAAAAUUUCAAACCGUGUGCUUUUUUCGUUCGUCUAUCUAGUCUCCCAUACUUCGAGUCUCUUGAAGGGCUUUUAUUUGCAGCUAAUACCCUGUUCUACCAAUGCUGGACUCCCUCUCUUCGGUCGGCAAGACCAGUCCUCCAGGUCGUUUUCAAUAUGACGCUGAAGCCCGGUUGGGCAGAUACCUGAAAAGAAGUGCCUUUCAGAUCUUCACAGUCUUGGCUUCAGGUUUUGCUCUAAUCUCUGACGGCUACCAGAAUAAUGUCAUGACGAUGUUGAACACGGUUUUUGCCGGAUUGUAUCCUGACGAAUAUACCUCGGACGUCAAGACACGUGUGUCAAAUGCCUCAUUAGUUGGAACCAUUUUUGGACAGGUCAUUAUCGGUGUCUUGGCCGACAGGUUGAACAGAAAACAGUCUAUCAUCAUCGCCACGUGUUUCCUUGUUUUUGGAACUGUGAUGUGUGCAGCCUCUCAUGGGGCGACCAUCAACGGAAUGUUCUGGAUGUUGACUAUUUUCAGAGGAGUCACAGGCUUUGGUAUUGGUGCCGAGUACCCGUCGUGCUCUGUUUCGGCCAACGAGGCUGCCAACGAAGCAUUCAAGAGAAGAGGCGGGGUGUUUGUUUUGGUAACAAACUUACCCUUAUCAUUCGGUGGUCCCUUUGCAUUGAUCAUUUUCUUGAUAGUGUGGCAAAUAACUGGUCUUUCCGAUGCCUUAUGGAGAACCCUCUUUGCAAUUGGUGCCUUUUGGCCAUUAUCUGUAUUCUAUUUCAGAUUCAAGAUGGCCACGUCCGAGUUGUUCAAGAAGUCUGCCAUCAGGAAAGACGUUCCUUACUGGCUUUCUUUGAAGUACUACUGGAAGAGAUUGUUGGGAACUUGUCUUUGUUGGUUCUUGUAUGACUUUGUCACCUAUCCUAACGGUAUUUUCUCUGCCACGAUCAUUUCUUCCGUUUUGCCAGGGAGCGAGGGCAGCGAUCUUGAGAAGGUUGCUGAGUGGAACUUGUUGUUGGGUAUGAUUGCGAUUCCUGGUGUUUUGGUGGGCGCCUUUCUCUGUGACAAACUCGGUAGAAGAAACACAUUGAUGACUGGGUUUGCGGGGUACAUUGUUUUUGGUCUUAUCAUCGGCUUGGCUUUCGACAAGGUUUCCAACAUUACGCCGUUGUUUAUCGUCUUUUACGGCUUGAUGAUGUCAAUGGGAAACUUGGGUCCUGGUGACAUGAUGGGUUUAGUCUCGUCCGAGUCUUUUGCCACUCCGAUCAGAGGCACGCUUUAUGGGUUUUCUGCCGCUAUUGGUAAAGUUGGUGCAGUUGUUGGAACAAAGACAUUUGUGCCAAUUCAAGAUAACUUGGGGAAAAAAUGGACCUUUAUCAUCGCUGCCAUUUGUGGCCUUGCAGGUGUACUUGUGGCCUUCUUCUUUAUUCCACAAUUGAAGGAUGAUGAUUUGUUGGAAGAAGACGUGAGAUUCAAGAAUUAUUUGGUCGCCCAAGGCUGGAAGGGGACGUUUGGCGCCGAAGAAGAAGUUCUCGAAGUCACUUCCAGUGCAGAAGAGGGUGUGGUGGAGGAAAUAGUAGAUUUCCAAACAAAGAAGUAAAGGUGGGUCAGCUCUUGGUGCUACAAGUCAGUCUGCACGAAUAUUAUUUAGAUUUCUCAAUAAAAAAUUUGAUGAUUCAUAUUAUAGCAAGCGCU